GAGCACUGGCAAGGCACUGGCAAACACACACAUAUGGCAAAUGAAGUGCAAGUCCUGCUGGCCUCACUGAAAGGGGGGCAUCCUCCUGCAGUAAAAGCUGGAGGAAUGCGUAUUGCCAAAAAACAAGAAUUGGGCGUCUUGGAGAAACACACCAAAAAAGCAGGAUUAGAGAAAACAAGUGCCAUUGCAACUGUUGCCAAAAUACAGAUGCUGGAUGCCCUGAAUGACACAUUGGACAAGCUCAACCAUAAAUUUCCAGUAACAGUGCACACGGCACAUCAAAAACCCACACCUGCUUUGGAGAAGGUAGCUCCGCUGAAAAGGGUCUACAUUAUUCAGCAGCCUCGGAAAUGUUAAGCCGGGAUGUAAAACACAACCAUCUGGCGACUGUCUCAAGUAUCU